CACGUGUAUACACAUCGCUUCUUCAGUCGGGUGAUAUGGACGGAAGACAUGUUAGAUGAGUAAUGGCAGCAUAAUUAUUAAUGUUAACAUUUGUAAAAACAACUGCAAGUGGAGUUAGCGCGCAAUCUUUAGCUAAUAAACGGAUAUGUUAUAAACAUAAAGCAAGUACUAUGUUGAAGUUUAUAAAAUCAGUUAGAAAGUUGGGCACGACAUACCAGUUAGGAUUAUGUCAAAGAUCGGUAUCUUCGUUUAGUGAAUUAAACAAAUAUCAAUUUUUGCAGCGAUCGAAGUUACCUACUCUUUAUUUUCAAGAAACGUUACCACGUUUACCAAUUCCAAAAUUAGAAUUAACAAUUGAACGAUUCCUUGCUGCUUUAAAACCAAUAUCGGAAAAGAAGGUGUAUGAAACCACUUUACACAUGUUGUCGGAUUUUAGAACGGGUGACGGAGCCGAGCUACACAAUCUUUUGCAAAAAUAUGAUUCGUUAAACAAACAUACUAGUUACAUAUCAGAACCAUGGUAGCGUCUAAACCACAGAUCUCGAGCUGUGCAGCUUUGUACAAAUUCUUACGUAUGCAAUGAGCGCUACCUUAGAUAAAUGGGGCAUACAAUCGCUUCAUAAUGGAUCAAUAAUAAGUGUAUUGUGGGUUUUAAUAGACAUGAAUAAAUAUCAAUAUACCCAAUUAGAGUUACACGAUAUGCUCAAAGCACUUGACGUUGUUCACAUAGUAUGUAGAUUGCUUUUUAUGUUUUGAUGUAUGAAUUAUAUUUCCAUUAAAUGUAAAGAACAAAAUAUG